UUGAGGCGAGGUGUUGGUGGAGAGACCGGAGACCGGAGAGGACGGAUGCUGCAGGAGAUUUAGCUCUCCAGAAAUACCGAAAGGCGACUAAGUUUAGUUCAGAAUGCGUCCGUAAUCCACCGACUGUCUUCAAAGAGGUGAAAUCAAACCUUCUGAUAUAAGCUUCGCUAUUUUUCUAUUCCUGGAGAGCUUAAUGCGCCUCGUCUCCAACAAUGAUCGAGAGAGGACUGUUCAUUCUGACAAUACUGUCCAACUGCGUUCUGUCAUUGCCACUGACUCCAAGUCAGCUGGAGAAUGAGGAUGUACAGGUGAUGAAAUGCAUUGUGGAGGCGUUGGCAGAUGUGCUAUCAAGGCCCCACCCCAUGCCUGUCAGUCAAGAGUGUUUGGUCACACUGAAGACAGAUGACAGGCUUGUUUCUAUCCUUCGCCAUCAUAACUUUCUGAAGGAGCUGCAGGAGAUCGCUGCCCAAGGUGGUCAAGAGAGAGCUCAGCUGCAGAGAGAUGCUGGGACACCCGAUCCAACGACACAAACUCCUCAGACUGCAGAUGCUGUUGCUGAUCGAUCCAUGUUGGAAGCUUUAGGAGGCCCCGGUGAAAGAUCCAUCCUGUCCCAGAAGAGGAAGACAGGAAAUGGGGACGGAGGAGAAGAAAAGGAUGAGAGCCUGGGGGAUGGAGAGUCACAAGAGGACAAUGGCAUCGCUGAAGAGGUGCAAGUGAAGAGGGAAAAUGACGAGAGCCUAGGAAGUCACACCUCUGAGUCUGUCGAUGAGUGGAGCGAGGGCAAGGCUGAAAAGAGGGAGGAUGAAGAAGAAGAAGAGUAUGAAGAGAAGAGAGCAAAUUCAGUGGAGAAUUUAGAGGAGGAAAGCAUGACCAAGGAUAAGAAAGGUGCUGGAUCUGGUGAAAAGAGAGAUGUACCCAGAAACAAAUCAAAAGAGAAGAAGUCUGAUGAAGAAGAUGAAGAGGAGAAAAACAAGAGAUCUGCACUUUUCUCACAUAAACGAGAGGAGGAACAGGAGGAACAGGAGGAAGAAGGGGAGAUGAAGAGAGGAAAUAAGCAGAGCCUAAAGCGAUGGACCAAGAGGGGCAAAGCGUUGCCAUUGAAGAAGAAAGCAGUCGGAAAGGAGGGGCAGCAGCUCAACAGCCAGCAGGAAGUGCCACAUCAUUCAAAAGAGUUUACAGAGGAAAAGGAGGAGAAGAAGAAAAGAGACACGCAGAGGAGUCCAGAGGAGAAGGAGCUGCAGAUGAUUGCUAGAAGGGUACCCGAGGAGAGGAGAGGGUCGGAGGAAGAGGGGAGCGCCAGCCGGAAGUCAGAGGAGCCAGAAAUUGAAAGCCUGGCAGCCAUCGAGUCAGAGCUUGAAAACGUUGCCCAGAAGCUCCAUGAGCUGCAGCGAGGCUGAGAGAAAUUGGUAAAAAAUAAAGUUGACACCGCAACCUCCGCUGUCUCCUCGUCCUCCUCCACUUUACCAGCUGCCUGGUUUCCAAACACAGACUGUGUGAAUAUGUGACAAGAUUUUAUCUUUUGCUAAGGAUGUCCCCUUUGCACCACACUGCUGCAGCCUCCCUUGUGACAUUCUGUCCCUCACAUAGAUUAGCAUACAGUAGAUGCACAUUGCAGCUAGACAUGCAUAAAAAUAUACUAAUUCUGUGCAUUCAAACACAUGCAUAUGAACACACAGCAAGGCUGCUAAAGGAAAAAUCUUUGUCUGCGAAGGUUGACAGCUUGUUUUCCUUUAUUUUCUCUGACAAUCAUCUCUCUCUUUCUGCAAAUGUAACUCUCCUGCUUUUCAAAUGAUUUCAACGCUGCACAUUGAUUUAUGUGAGGAUUAUGUUAGGUUGAGGCAGAUCCAGGUAUACACACACACUAACAAGGUGAAGUUGUACAAAACGGCAUGUAUACAUGUACAAAGCUCUUUCUUGGAUGCUUACUUACUUAUGAGGAAGCAGAAGAAGAAUACAAAUAUGCUUACCUAUUACAGUUGACUCAAAUCAAGCCAAGGCAAUAAGUGAACAUUUUUAGCAGAUUAAUGGCUGGAUUGUAAUCUUAAACUGUACUUAAUUUAUGUAAGAAAACCAAUAAAUUGAAUUGAAAUCACA